AUGAGGAAAGCACAGGGAAAGAAGGACGACUACUCGCGUUCUAUCGAGAAACAGGCCCCUGGUUUCAAGUGCUUAUCCGGCCAGACAGAAAGCAAUCAGAAGAAAGUAAAUCUUAAACACGACGAGAUUAUGACACUGGUAUUGUUUUUAAAGUUGUAUUCCAUGAAUUUUGCUGUUGCAGGUAAGGUGACUGCGAGCUGUAAAGGGCCUAAAGUGUGUGAUGGGCAAUAAUUCAAAAGCCAACUUUUUAAAAUUUUCGCCACCUUAUUAUGACACAAUAAUAAAUUACAGAAAUUCGUUAGAAUAUGGCAAGAAAGCCCAAAGAAACCACGAGGCUUAUACAACGAGUGCUUUCCCUACUAAAUUACAAAAGAUAAACUUAAUUUCAAUUUAAUUGAACGGCAAAGGCAGAGAAACUAUAAUACGAAGGAAUGAGGUAUCAAAAAAAAGAGAUAAAUAAAAAAUAAAGACAAGCCCUUACUCUAUGCUGACCUAUUCCUGAAGUCAAUCGAUGUCUUUUUACGAGUCAACGACGACAACGAGCGCCAGUUUUAUAAUCUGGGUGUUAUUGUUCUUUCAGGUCAUUCUUCAUUGACCCUUAAAGAUUUUUACCAGUUUCCUUCCUGUAGUAAAAGAAAAACAAAACAAUAUCUCUUUCCACGGGCUGGGUCCAGACCGGCUUCUUCCGUUCUUAAUACGGAAGAAACCGGUAGAAAGAAAGAGAAAGAAGGGGUGGGAAAGAGGGAAGAAGCUUCCACGAGUCUCCUGUAGCUCAGUGGUAGAGCGUCUGGACUAG